AUGAAGCAACCCACCAUUUAUAUCACUGCCUUGUCCUGCUUCCUGCUGGUAUCGGUACUCCCGGGACGAUCUUCCACGCACGCUGUUGAGGACAUUUCAAAAGCCUCCGAGCUCCGGGAAAUCCCCAAAACAACGGCUCCAGAAAAAUUCUCCGAAGUCCAUGACAUGAAAGAACCCCUUCUACCCACAGAAGGUACAAAGCCUCUUUCUGUCGAACGUCGUCCGGAAGAUGAAAUCUUCAUUCGCGGUGAAGACCCACUGCACCCUUCUAAGGAUAAUUUCUUCAAGAAAAUUAAGAAAUACUUUGCCUUCCCGAACUUCCUGAAAAAGGUCUUCGCAUGGUUGUGGAAAGGCAGCAUACAGGUACCCAGGGCAAAGGGCAAAACUGCUUCUAUACCAUAUUGGGCUUUCUGGAUUCAUCAUAAAGAAGAUUGGGGGGAAAUGGACAAGGAUAUUGUGCUCAUGAUCAGUGCUCUUCAAAAACUCGCUGACAGAGAAUUCCUACGUCAAACUCUAACGCACAACAGCAAGAUCUAUUCUCACAUCAGUCCAGCCCUCGAAGACGUGCCAAAGCCGUUCAAUUACGAAAAGUACAUCAUUGAAGCAAAAACCGAACUGGAAUUUCUGAACGGAGAACUCCCGCGCGUCGAAGAUACGGAAAAGGAGAGGCAAAUGUUGCUCGUCAAAUCACUAGUCGUGCUCAGCCGAAAUCCAAAGUAUCAUAAAGAUGCAGUCGAUGCGAUAGAGACAGUCCUAGCAACUAUGCACAGAAAAGAUCCAGCAAAACUCCCCAAGGUGAUGCCUUACUUUGAAGCCGCUCACUAUGUGAUGACUAUUAAGGGGGACGAUUAUUCUGCACGAUUGCUUAAAGCGGAAGAGGAAGGCCCGGAUAUAGAGGAACAUUUUAAGAGUCUGGAUUGGGAGUCGUGGGUCGAAAUGUUCAGGAAACAGAAAAAUGAUAAGGUUCGCGCCGCAUAUCAAAAAUUGACAGUCGGCGAGGCUGCACCUGACCAAUCGCCGGUCACCGAGGCUGCACCUGGCCAAGCGCCGGUUACCGAGGCUACAACUGGCCAAUCGCCGGUCAUCGAAGCCACACGUCCCGAAUCGCCAGUCGACAAGGCUGAACGUCCGGAAUCGCCAGUCGGAAAGGCUGCAGAAGUGCCAGUUGCCGAGGCUGAACAUCCCGAAGUGCCAGUUACCGCUACAUUGCCAGUCAGCGAAGCUGCACGCACUGAAGCAAUCAACGAUAUCAUCAAAUGGUCAGCGGGUGUUCUUGACCCCAAGCAAAGCCACAAGUAUGAAUCAAUAGACCUGCUUUUUGCACUGUCAACUUUAUAUUAUCACUCGCUACACAAACCCCCCGGCAUUGGUAGUCAAAAUCCUGCGUUUCAAGCACUAAUCCGUGCAAGAAAAGCAUGGAGAACUUUUGAAACAGACGAUGACACGGUUCGUACGGGUAUAGAAGUGACUGCUAAAUUGGCAGCGAAACAUUCAGCUCCAAUCCGCACAGAAGAGCUUCCAAAGUAA